AUGCCGCACGUGCUGCUGAACAAGAUAAAUGAACUAUCGAUACUGCGUGCUCUGGAAAGUGGGCAAUACCUCAGCAUGGCUUUUCGCUCGUGGGAUCUGUACGAGUUUCCGCUAUUGCAGCGCACGACUAAACAUUCGUGGGCCAUUAAGACUGCUACUCAGCUCAAGAAGCCGGGGUACGUCGUCUUCGCUCUGCAGGCUGGUCGGAAGAACAUCAUGCUCGAAGAUACGAGCCGAUUUGAUCAUUGCAAACUGACGAACGUAAAACUGUAUCUAAACUCGCAAUGUUAUCCGUACGGCCGCGGCGAUAUGAAUCUGGAUUUUGAUAAAAACAGAUCGUCGAUUCUCUACGACACAUACGUACGUUUCUGUAAAACUUAUUAUGGAUACGAUUUUUUCAAGCCGAAUCAAACUGUCGCGAAUUUUCGGCAAAAAAGUCCGUUUGUGAUUAUCGAUUGCUCUCGACAAAAUAAAUCGGUCAAGAGCGCAACCGUGGACGUGCGCAUAGAAUUCGAGUGUAAAGAGAACGUGCCCGCGAGUAUCACCGCGUACUGCCUCAUCAUACACGAUCAUGUGGUGUAUGUACAAUCGCGAUCAGUACAAUCCAUUGACCAAUGUUGUGCGCAAUAUUACUUAAGUCGCGACGGCACACUUUUAAGACUAUAUAAAAAUUUACAUACUGAAGUUGACCGCAGUCGGCUCAAUAAUAACAGUCAUGUCUGUACCAAUGUUUGUUAA